CUCAAGGCAAAAGGUUAGCUUUUUACUCGAAGUUUUUCUCCGCAACGUCUUGUCCUUAGCAGGAAUUGGGAUGAUGCUGCAUGCAGCGCUGACGAGGACUUCGAUAUCAGAACAAGUAGCGCAGAUGUCUGAGGUAGCGAACAACGGUGCCCUGGAGCCAAAAUUGUGGAGGAUACUGGAGGCAGAUCUUGGAGCUCUCCUUUUCAUCGGAGCUGGAUGCUUCACGAGCAGUGAACUAGGACAGUCAAGAGCUCAGCAGAAAAAGGAACAAGACGCUGGGACUGACGCUCCGACUAGUACUACUAGCAGUUGUAUGUUGGCUACU